AUGAGUUCCAAAGCCAAGGCCGCCAAGGGCAAAACUGGUGCUUUCCCAGCAGCCAAGGCUAAGGCCCCUAAAGGGGCAGUUGCCCUGGGGGCUGGAAAGGAGUCAAAAACCAAAGCAACACCUCCACCCAAGACCAAGGGCAGCGGUGGGUCCAUGACCGUCGCUGUGCAUCGAGCCAAGAAGAUGGGGGUCUCCAAGAACCCGACAAGGCCAGAGGGGAAGGCUUACAGCUCAGACGAGGAGAAGCUGGAGGCCCCUGUGGGCGACCUGGCAGGCAGCGAACAGGAAGAGGAGGGCUCAGGUGCUGACAGUGAGGACGACAGUUUCCUGGAUGGUGCGGCAAGUGGCCCCGGGACGCUCCUGGGACCAAAACCGAAGUUGAAGGAGGGUUUGGGAACUGGUGCUGAGGAGGCUGCACCGGUGACGCCAGGGGCCACGGCACCUGGGGGCAAGAGCCGGCGGCGCCGCACAGCUUUCACCAGUGAGCAGCUCCUGGAACUGGAGAAGGAGUUUCACUGCAAGAAGUAUCUCUCGCUGACUGAGCGCUCACAGAUCGCCCAUGCCCUUAAGCUCAGCGAGGUGCAGGUCAAGAUCUGGUUCCAGAACCGGCGUGCCAAGUGGAAGCGCAUCAAAGCCGGCAACAUCAGCAGCCGCUCUGGGGAGCCCGUGCGGAACCCCAAGAUCGUGGUGCCCAUCCCUGUGCAUGUCAACAGGUUUGCUGUGCGUAGCCAGCACCAGCAGAUGGAGCAGGGGGCCCGGCCCUGA